UCCAAAGUGUGGAGAGAGUUCACUUUUUGAAACCCUAGCCAGCACCCUUGGUAAAUUUCUAAGUAUAUAUAUCACUCCUUUUCACUUCAUUCUAUUCCAUUUCCACAGUCCCUUCUCCCUCAAAAUGAACUCAAACAACUGGCUCUCCUUUCCACUUUCUCCAACUCAUCCUUCUCCAUUACAACCUCAAUCUCAUCAUCAGCAUCAUUUUUCUCUUGGAACAUUAGUCAAUGACAACAUGUUGGAAACCCCUUUCCAAAACCAUGAUUGGAAUCUGAUGAAUACUCUCAGUCACAGUCACAAUCACAAUCACAGUACUAGCAACGAAGUUCCAAAGGUUGCAGAUUUUCUUGGUGUGAACAGCAAGAGUACUACUGAAAAUGAGUCAGAUCUUGCAGCCUUUAAUGAAAUCAAUAAUCAUUCUUCAGAUAACUACUUCUUCAUGCCACUACAAAUCAACUCAGCUUUAGAACCAACUUCUAGCAAUAGUUAUGAUCAAUAUCAAGAAAACGGUAACAAUAAUCUGCAGUCGUUGACAUUAUCAAUGGGGAGUGGUACUAAAGAUUCUACAUGUGAAACCAGUGGCGAAAAUAAUAACACUAUAGUUGAAGCAGCUGCACCUAAAAGGGCUUUGGAUACCUUUGGCCAAAGAACAUCAAUUUAUCGCGGUGUAACAAGACAUAGAUGGACCGGAAGAUAUGAAGCUCAUCUUUGGGAUAAUACUUGUAGAAGAGAAGGACAAUCAAGAAAAGGUCGCCAAGUCUAUUUAGGUGGUUAUGACAAAGAAGAAAAAGCAGCAAGAGCUUAUGAUUUAGCUGCACUAAAGUACUGGGGAACAUCCACCACAACAAACUUUCCAAUCAGUAACUAUGAGAAGGAAGUUGAAGAAAUGAAGAACAUGACAAGACAAGAAUUUGUUGCAUCCAUAAGAAGAAAAAGCAGUGGAUUUUCAAGGGGUGCAUCAAUGUAUCGCGGAGUCACAAGGCAUCACCAACAUGGAAGAUGGCAAGCGAGAAUCGGUCGAGUUGCAGGAAACAAAGAUCUCUACUUAGGAACAUUCAGUACUGAAGAAGAAGCUGCAGAAGCUUAUGAUAUAGCUGCAAUUAAGUUCAGAGGAUUAAGCGCGGUAACAAACUUCGACAUGAACCGUUACGAAGUGAAGGCGAUUCUUGAAAGUAACACUCUUCCUAUAGGAGGAGGUGCUGCGAAAAGGUUGAAAGAAGCACAAGCUCUAGAAUGUUCUAGAAAAAGAGAACAAGAGAUGGUAGCACUUCAAUAUGGACUAGGAUCUUCAAGUUCAAGUAGGUUAGAAUUACAAGGUUACCCUUUAAUGCAAUUUGAACAACAAACACAUCAUCAACAACAACAACAACAACAACCUUUGUUGACACUACAAAACCAGGAAGUAUAUCCGUCGUCGUUUCAUGAUCAGAGUUAUUUACAAACUCAGCUUCAGUUGCAUCAACAGCAACAAGGUGGAUUUUACAGCUACAAUGGUGAUUAUAGUAUUCAGAAUCAUCCGGGUUUGAUGGAGAAUAAUGAUGGGUGUGGAGGGUAUAUUGGGAAUAAUAAUAAUAACAAUGUUAUGGGAGAAACAGCGGAUUACGACAUGUCUUCCGGAGGUUAUGGAGGUUGGUCGGCGGGAGAUUCCAUGCAAGGUUCAAAUGGAGGUGGUGGUGGUGUUUUCACAAUGUGGAAUGGUUUGAGUAAUUAACUUGAAGAACUUGACUAGUUGUUAAUUGUUAUACAAUUUAAUUUCUUGUUUUUUUUCAUU